GAGAGAGAGAAAGGGGAUGAGAGAUAGAGAUAGAGGGAGAGAGCGAGAGAGAGACAGAGUGUAUGAGAGAGAGAGAGAGUGUGAGGGUAAAAGAAGGAGGUAGACAUCGGAGUAGAGAAAGAGAGAGGUGUUAGAAAGACAGAGAGAGUGAGAGACAGUUGAGGGGAAGCGUAGGGAGGAGGAAGAGAGAAAAAAGAAAGGAAGGAAAAGGAGAGAAGGGGGCUAAAGGAAGACAGGAUGGCAGAGCCAGAGCUGAAAUCACAGAGCAGCCUGGAGAGCUUGAAGAAGGCAGCCGAGGGCCAGGAGAAGAUGGAGGCUGAGGCGGUUCCCGACAACCCAGACAAGCCUCCUUCACCGGACAAGCAUCCAUCCAAGCCUCCGUCCCAAUCCACCAUUACCAACACAGGCACCGUGGCACCCACCACCCCUACUGCAGAUGCCUCCUCCCCAGCCAAGGCAGCAGGCGGCAAGAUCGAGCUGAAGCGCAGCAUCACGCUCUUCAAUGGCGUGGGCAUGAUCAUCGGCACCAUCAUCGGCUCGGGCAUCUUCAUCACGCCCACAGGGGUGGUAAAGGAGGCUGGCUCGGCCGGUCUGUCACUGGUGGUGUGGGCCGUGUGCGGUGUGGUGUCCACCAUGGGCGCCCUGUGCUACGCCGAGCUGGGCACCACCAUCACCAAGUCGGGUGGAGACUACACCUACAUCCUGGAGGUGUACGGCGAGCUGGCCGCCUUCCUCAAGCUGUGGGUGGAGAUGCUGAUCAUCAGGCCAUCCUCCCAGUACGUGGUGUCGCUGGUGUUCGCCACCUACCUGCUCAAGCCCCUCUACCCAAACUGCAGUGUGCCCGACAGCGCCGCCAAGCUCAUCGCUUGCCUCUGCCUCACAUCAUUGACCUUUGUGAACUGCAUCAGCGUGCGGGCUGCCACCAAGGUCCAGGACUUGUUCACUGCGUCAAAGCUCCUGGCCCUGAUCAUAAUCAUCAUUUUCGGUUUCAUUCAGAUCGGUACAGGUGAUGUGCCAUACCUGACACCAGAACUGGCGUUUGAAGGCAGCAAAUGGGGAGUCGACAACAUUGUGUUGGCUCUAUACAGUGGACUCUUUGCUUUUGGUGGCUGGAAUUACCUGAAUUACGUGACAGAGGAAAUGAUCAAUCCAGAGAGAAACCUGCCACUGUCCAUCAUUAUCUCCAUGCCCAUUGUGACUGUGGUGUACGUACUGACCAAUCUGGCCUACUUCACCACUAUCCCCCCGAGUGUGAUGGUCGAGUCCGAGGCAGUAGCUGUGAUCUUUGGGGAGUACCAUCUUGGUGUGAUGUCCUGGCUCAUCCCUGUCUUUGUGGGGCUGUCCUGCUUCGGAGCGGUCAACGGAAGCCUGUUCACCUCGGCACGGCUGUUUUAUGCUGGCGCUCGAGAGGGUCAGCUCCCUGCUGCACUGGGAUUGGUCCACACUGACCUCUUCACUCCAGUGCCCUCCCUCAUUUUCACGUGUUUCCUGUCCAUGCUGUAUGCCUUGUCCAAGGACAUCUUCUCGGUCAUCAACCUGUUCAGCUUCUUCACCUGGCUGUGUGUGGGCAUGGCCAUUGCCGGCUUGCUGUGGCUCCGCUGGACCAAGCCAGAGCUCAGGAGACCCAUCAAGAUUUGGUUGGUGGUCCCUGUGGUGUUUGUGCUGGGCUGUGUCUUUAUGAUCGUGGUGUCCUUCUGGGCAGCUCCCUUUGAGUGCCUGAUAGGCAGCGGGAUCAUCCUCACUGGUAUCCCCGCCUAUCUCCUGGGGUACAAGUGGAAGAAGCCCCACGUUGUAAAGAAGAUCCUAGAGAUCUUUACUCUGUUCUGCCAGAAGAUUUUUAUGUCUGUUCCAGAAGAGCGGGAAGAGAAGGAAUCAGUCGAAGUAGCUGAAGAAGUCGAAACAACAAAGGACGACUGAGUCAAUCUAUUAGUUGGAACAUUACAUGUUUACACUCAUUAUUGCUUUUGUGACAGAGUUGCAUGACUCUUGGUAACAUAGGGUUUAUACAUAUAGGGUUUAUAUGUAUGCUUCAGUGUACAUAUUUUGUAUUUUACAUGCAUUGUCAUACUGUGUCAUCCCUUUGUACUCUCUCCAGUAAUUCAAUUCCAGUUAUUCCACUUUCCAGUCGUAUAGAGUACAUCAAACAUCCUCACAUUUUAUCUUACCUAACCUUUUUGUAUUUGAUUUUUUUAACCUAUUUUGUUCUUCAGUAUUCAAUAGACCUGGAUUAAGCUAACAAAAAGAGGAGUCAGGAAACAGACAAAAGAGUCAUAUUUUCAUCAAGUUUUGGUAUGCUCCUCAGAAAUCAUCCAAAUCUAGAUAACUACACUACCGGUCAAAAGUUUUAGAACACCUACUCAUUCAAGGGAUUUUCUUUGUUUUUACUAUUUUCUACAUUGUAUAAUAAUAGUGAAGACAUCAAAACUAUGAAAUAACAUGGAAUCCCAUAGUAACCAAAAAAGUGUUAAACAAAUCAAAAUAUAUUUUAUAUUUGAGAUUCUUCAAAUAGCCACCCUUUGCAAUGAUAAAAGCUUUGCAAAACGAUUGGCAUUCUCUCAACCAGCUUUCCCAACAGUCUUGAAGGAGUUCCCACAUAUGCUGAGCACUUGUUGGCUUCUUUUCCUUCACUCUGCGGUCCAACUCAUCCCAAACCAUCUCAAUUUGGUUGAAGUCGGGGGAUUGUGAUGUUCAGGUCAUCUGAUGCAGCACUCCAUCACUCUCCUUCUUGGUAAAAUAGCCAUUAAACAACCUAGAGGUGUGUUGGGUAAUUGUCCUGUUGAAAAAGAAAUGAUAGUCCCACUAAGCCCAAACCAGAUGGGAUGGCGUAUCGUUGCAGAAUGCUGUGGUAGCCAUGCUAGUUUAGUGUGAAUUCGAAAUAAAUCACAGACAGUGUCACCAGCAAAGCACCCCCACACCAUAACACCUCCUCCUCCAUGCUUUAUGGUGGGAAAUACACACAUAAUCUCAAAAAUCAUCUCAAUCUCAAAAAUAACAUUUAUUUUUGAUUUGUUAAACGCUUUUUUGGUUACUACAUGUUUCCUUGGUGUUAUUUCAUAGUUUUGAUGUCUUCACUCUUAAAAUACAAUGUAGAAAAUAGUAAAACAUUAAGAAUAACACUUGAAUGAGUAUGUGUUCUAAAACUUUUGUAGUAGUGUAUAUAUUUAACUUUUGAUUUAAAUGAUUUAUUAACCCCACUUUAACUGAAGGUAUGUAUUUAACUCAGUGUAUUUGAAUGAACUAUCUAGUGCUCACUUAAUGUGAUUGAACAAUGGCCAUCCAUCUAUGAGAAACACAUCAAUUGAUUCAGGUAACUCAUUCAGUACAUUCUGUCCCUUAAUUUUGGAGUGUAAUGUCCUUUAUGUAAUGUUAACAUGAUUUAUUUGUGCACUGUAUUGCUACAACCAGUUUAAAAUUCGAUGUUUGGAACACAUAGUAAUUUCCCAUAAUCAAAUUCACUUUGAAACAUUUUCAAAUUGAAUCGACAGAGCACUAUUUGAAGCACAUUAGUGGAUUUCUUCCGUGUUGUAUUCUGAUGUGUUGCCUUAAGGUUAUUGUUACACAGGUCAGUUGCUUGUAUUGAUACUCAAUGCCCUGUUACUUCUCAGUUCCUAUGUCAAACCAUGCCUUCAUGAUAUUGUUGUAAGCAUUGUUUUAUGUUAUUCGAUACAAGCAGUUGUGAAUAUGGCAUCAAGCCAGUCAACCAACUUCUUGUGUCUCAACUUUCUACCAUACAUUUUUAACCAUUGUAUUCGGUGAAGACAUUUGUAUCAAUGUUUUGUAUUGUUUGUACUCAUCAGAUACCAUGCCAGAUGUCUGAUGUCCACAUUGAGCUAGCAUGACUAUUUCGCAACUGAUGUAUAUCUUUGUCAUGUCAGUCCAGAAUUAAUGUUGUGAGCAUCGUAAGUGGAUAUUGGAGGGUCUUUUCUCUUUUGAAGGAGCGAUUGCUGUAAGCGCAGAUCUAAGACCAGCUGUCCCUACCCCAGUCCAAACCUUGUCUCACCCCAAGCCAGACCAGUUCAAGCCAAAAGACACAAACAAACUAAAAAAACGAAGUGAAAUUCUGGAGGGCCUUCAGCACAAAAUAUUAGCACAAACAUGUACAUGUUACUGAAUUAUGGAUACGAUGAAGUAUAGAAUGUUAACUGCUCCUAUUAUUAUAAAAUAUCAUUUCCCCCCAUUUGAUUAUUGAGUGGCUUGGAAAGUAGGAGCAAUAGGUCAAGAGCACAGUAAGUCACUGGAGUUACAGGAAGUAUAAACUGUGAAGAAGCUCGACAGGCACAGAGGGAAUAGAGUUUACAGGAAAAUAAUUAACGAAUCGGACCAGGAAGAGUUUACAGAAAGAGUCAAUAAUGAAGUAUAAGGAAUAGGGAAGUUUAAAUAGAUUACUGAUAUAUCUGUGUCUUGUCAGAGUAUAUUCAUGAUUGGUGGCAUGAGGGAGAAACUCUUGGGGCACCUUCCAAAAUUUUGUGGCCUAAAAUGUAUCGCACAACACAGUUCAGGUGUGUACAAAGUCUUGCGUAUUAUGUACUAUAAAGUCUUUAAUUGUAUUUAAUGUCAUGGUAAAAUACUUAUUUGUUAUUUGAAUUGGAAGAAACAAUUGUAUCGCUGUCAGCUAUUGUAACUUAUAUGUCAGUGACCAUAGCGGGUACAUCUACCAUUAAACUAUUUUUGUUCAAA